AUGGCCAGGAUCUCCAAUACUAAUCUGAGAGAAAUACCAAAAACUGUUGAUAUUAGCAAAUCUGAGUUAGAAAAUCAAGUGAGGGUUGUCGUAGGCUCUCUUCAGGAAACACUUCCUUCUAUUAACUUUGCUGGCAUAAUAACAGAUGGAGACAUUGAUAAAGCUCAUAGUACUUUGUUCAAUAACCUCGGGUUUUCUCUAUGUAGGCAGAGCAGCUCUGUUUGUGACGGAGGGAAAGGAGUCUUCGUGCAUGCAGGCAAAAUCGCGAAAGGUCAAGUAGCUGCAUUCUACCCCGGGACGAUAUACGAGCCGGGUGAUUCUAUUCUGCUCCAAUCUCUUGGUAACCAUUUUAUUCUUCGUUGUAUGGAUGGCAUGACUGUGGAUGGAAAUGAUCGACGUCUUUCUAAAAUGGUUCAUCGUUCUGCUAACCUCCGCGAUCUCUCCCCUGCCAUAUCAGACCAAACUUGGCUAUUAGAUAGACCUUUGAAUUACCUGACAAUCGGACAAUAUGUGAAUAAUGCUCCACAAGUCCAUCUUCAUAAUGUGCAAUACGUAGAUUUAGAUAUUAGAGGCUGGUCCUAUGUUUAUCGUAAAUGGUUUCCGUAUUCUGUGUAUAAUGCAUCCCCCAAGCAUACAGCUUUACGAAUAGUUUUAUUAGUAGCCAUCCGUGACAUUCAUGAGGGCGAAGAAUUAAUGUCCGCAUAUAUUUCUCGUUGA